GAUAAAGAAUGCUUGUGACAAGAUCCUUGUCUUUUGCAAAGCACUCAUGGGUGGAGCUAUACUUCUCAUCAGGAAGCUAAUAAACUAGUUUAUCAAGUUCAGAAACGCAUUUAGUAUAUUCACAAGAAGAGACAGAAAAUGCUUGAUGAUUUCUUAUUUUUAAUGUAUAAAAAGGAAAAUCUGAACUAAGACAAAGAAUUUGAAAGAGAAAAAAGGAGAGACAGAAAGAAGAUACUGAAGCAAACUUCAAAAACUUUAAACUGACAAUCUUUGACGCACAAUGGAGGAAAGAGAGGAUCAUCACGACAAUUGUCCAGCUUUUCCAGAGAUGAAGGUCAUUAUAAUAGGUAGUAAAGCAGAAUACAAACGCAGCGCAGCUAAUACCAUUCUUGGUCAGGAAGACUGUAAAAUGAGAGAAGAGAUAGUAAAGAGUGAGAAAACAGAGAGGAAGGUUCAGAACAGGUCAGUUACUUUGGUAAUGACACCAGGAUGGUGGAGGAGCUUCACACUGGCAGAGAGUGUAAAGUCUUUAAAGAUGGAGAUCGUGCACAGUUUAAAACUGUGUCCUGAUCCACAUGCCUUCCUUCUAGUCAUCAAUCUACACAAAACAUUCACAGAAAUGCACCUGAACAGUGUGGUUGAACACAUGGAGAUUCUGGGUGAGCAGAUCUGGAAUCACACCAUCCUUCUGCUCAUGUAUAAUGAUAAAACACAGAGACAUGCAGAUAACAAGAAGAUCAUUGAGAGAGCAGGACAAGAGCUUGAUAUUGUAAUAAAGAAGUGUGGGAACAGAGUUCAUGUCUUCAAUUAUACUGAAAGCAAGGGGAUAAAUGUGGAAAAACUGUUUCAUGAGAUAGAGAGCUUGGCAGCAGAGCAUGAAGGACAGGGCUUCAAAAUUGACAGCAAAUUGCUUGAGGAUAUGGAGGAAAAGAGAAGAACUGUGAAGAAACGAGCAGAGGAGAGAGAGAUUGAAGCAAAAACAAAGAUGCAAACCUUGAAAGAACGUCUCACAGAGAAAUCUUUCCCAGAGUUAAGGAUCGUCUUGAUGGGUGGCAAUAUUGUUGGGAAGUCCUCCGUGGUGAACACCAUCCUGAAAAUUAAACAAGAGAAGAACAUGUCAAAAAAGUGUGUGUUGAGCGAAGGAGAGGUUGACAAACAAACAGUCAUUUUGAUCGACACUCCUGGAUGGUGGCCAUACGCGUCCGUAAAGGAGACUUCAGAGUCAGUCAAGCAGGAGAUCAUGUCAAGUGUUACUUGUUGUCCACCAGGACCUCAUGCAGUUUUGCUGGUUCUUCAGUCUGGCGUCGCCUUCACUGAGGCACAAAGAAGGUCUGUAAAGGAGCACAUGGAGCUCCUGGGUCGAGAUGUCUGGAAAUAUUGUAUAGUGGUGUUCAGCAGGGGCGACUGGAUAGUGACGCCUACGAUUGAAGAGCACAUUGAGAGUGAAGGAGAAGAUCUGCAGUGGCUGAUCAACAAAUGUGGAAACAUGUAUCAUGUAAUUAACUACAUGGAGCAGGAUGAUGAGAAACAGGUCAGAGAGUUGAUAGAGAAAGUAGUGAUGAUGGCCAGAAUGAACAAUGAUCUCCUGACGCCUCUGGAAGGUGCAAAAGAGGACAGUGACAGUGGAUGGGGUUCAGACCAAGACAAGUUUGAGAGAGGAAGCUUAAAUCUGUAUCCACCUGAGAUGCAUGAAGAAGACUACAUUACAAAAUGGCUUGACACUGGGUUUGAAUACUGCCACUUACCAGACGUUUCUGAGGACAUUUCAGAGGAUGUCAAACAAAACUAAUAUCACUGAUGGUUUCCAGAGGAAAAUACAAAAAAAAUAGAAAUAGAAAAAUAAAGAAAACAAUAAUACUGCAUUCAAUAAUAUUUCAUACUCAUUUGCAUUUAAGUAAUGAGAGCAGGAUGGUAAAGCAUUUACUUGCAAAUUUAAAAGUUUUUAAACUCUAAAAAUAGGCUUGACUUUUGUAAUCAGCUUUACUACCAUCAGCUCAAACUCAUGACAGAUUAAGUCAUAAUGUUUGUAAUGAUAAUAACACAAUGACUGAUAAUAUACCUAGCGUGUAUGUGAGUUUGUAUUUGCAUUUAUUGUAUUUAUAGUGCAGGAAAUGUUUAUUAAAUGUAACCUAAACAGUAACAGUGUACCACAUUAGCAUAAAAGAGGUAGAGUGGCAUUUUCCAUUCAAGAGCAUUAACAUAUCAUAGACAUUGGGCUUGGAAGUGUGUUACUUCCACCCUGCCAUAUGGGCUUUAAUAAAACACUAUAGAAAAAAGUGUGUCACACUGCAAAAGUUAUUUAUGUAGUUAGUUACACACAUUACUAUACACAUGUAAGCCAUGAACAACUAAGAAAUGGAAAAAAGAAUGCUAAAUUGUGUAUUCGAAUUUGAAUUGUAUUUGUUUUGAAUAGUAAAAAAGGCUUGCAUUUUAAAUUCUAAUAUGCUGAUUAAUUUGAUGCUCAAGAAACAUUUCUGAUUUAUUAGGAAUGUUGAAC